AUGAAGCAGCAUGCGAGUAGUGCGACCGGAUCUGCGGUUGGGUUCAAAGUCGCAGAUGGACUUGCGGGAGAGGAUGCAGAUGUUGAGACGGUGGAUUCAGAAGAUGACGAUGAUGAUAGCGAUGAGGUCGAUAGUGUGGUCGAAGAUUCUGAAGAAGAUCCAGAGGAAGAUACCACGCUGGUGGUUUCGCUCGAGGAACUGCUCGAAGAUGCCGUAGGCAUAGAAAUCGUGCUCAAACUUUCAGAUCCUGAUAUCGCAGAAGAUGGCACUGCGCUAGUCGACAGUGACUCAAAUAUCGAUGAGUCCACAUUUGAAGCAGUCUCUGAGGGAAAUGCCGUUGGUGAUGCGGUGACGUCAGUUGGCAAUGCUUCGCUUGCAGGUGGUGCUGCCGUCGCUGGUCCGAACUCUUGUAUGAAGUAG